CCAGCCCACAAUGCUCAAAAGGAACAGACGUUUUGUAACUACUCCUUUCAGUGCCAACGUCUGCUGCAGCCUCAGAGCCCCAUCCGCCUCCAGCCGGCAGGACCCGAGGGCGAGGAGCUUGGGUGCGCUCGGGCCAGCUUCCUGGGAGCAGAGGCUGUUACCCACGCGCUUCGCCCCACCCUGCGUUGCAGCAACAGAUGUGGGAAGCGCCUUUGGGCUGUCGUCCUGGCUCCCCGACAUUAAGUCUGGAAAAGGAGUUGCACCCCGAGGGCAGCGAGAGGAGAGUCGGCGGCGAGCAGCCGGGUCCGCGAUGGUGCUCCUGAGGGCCCUGUGGCUGGCCUUGGCGCUGCUAGAAGUGGUCGGAGCGUGCCCAGAGCCAUGCGCCUGCGUGGACAAGUACGCGCAUCAGUUCGCCGACUGUGCCUACAAGGAGCUGCGUGAGGUGCCAGAAGGACUGCCGGCCAAUGUGACUACGCUGAGUCUGUCGGCGAACAAGAUCACCGUGCUGCGGCGCGGGGCCUUCGCAAACGUCACUCAGGUCACAUCGCUGUGGCUGGCGCACAAUGAGGUGCGCACUGUGGAGCCGGGCUCGCUGGCGGUGCUAAGCCAACUCAAGAACCUCGACCUGAGCCACAACCUCAUAUCCAGCUUCCCAUGGAGCGAUCUGCGUAACCUUAGCGCGCUACAGCUGCUCAAGAUGAACCACAACCGCUUGGGCUCGUUGCCCCGGGACGCACUCGGUGCACUGCCCGACCUGCGCUCCCUGCGCAUCAACAACAACCGGCUUCGUACUUUGGCUCCUGGCACCUUCGAUGCACUAAGCGCGCUCUCACAUCUGCAGCUCUAUCAUAACCCCUUCCACUGCGGUUGCAGCCUUGUGUGGUUGCAGACCUGGGCCGCAAGCACCCGGGUCUCUUUACCGGAGCCCGACUCCAUCCAGUGCUCCUCGCCUCCCGCGCUGCAGGGGGUGCCGGUGAGCCGCCUGCCCGCCCUGUCCUGCGCACCACCCAGCGUGCAUCUGAGUGUUGAGCCGCCGCCUGAGGCGCCCGGCAGCCCCCUGCGCUCUGGUCUGGCGCUCACACUACACUGCGUCGCGGAAGGACACCCCACGCCCCGCCUGCAAUGGCAACUUCAGAUCCCGGGGGGCACUGUAGUCUUAGUGCCGCCAGUCUUGAGUGGGGAGGACGACGGGGACGGGGCAGAAGACGGGGAGGAGGAAGGAGAUGGGGACGGGCCAACGCAGACAGAGGCCCCAACUCCAACUCCAGCACCCGCUUGGCCCGCGCCCCCAGCCACCCCGCGCUUCCUGGCCCUCACAAAUGGCUCCUUGUUGGUGCCCCUCCUGAGUGCCAAGGAGGCAGGCGUCUACACAUGCCGUGCCCACAACGAGCUGGGUGCCAACUCUACGUCAGUACGGGUGGCAGUGGCAGCUGCCGGGCCUCCAAAGCAUGCCUCUGGCGCAGGGGGAGACCCUGAUGGACAGGCCCCAACCUCUGAACGUAAGUCCACAGCCAAAAGCCGGGGCAACAGUGUCCUACCUUCCAAGCCCGAGGGCAAAAUCAAAGGCCUAGGCCCGGGACAGGUUAGCUUCCUCGGGGAGACAGAGGCGGGGCCGGAGGAGGAAGAGGCAGAUGAGGGAGAAGAGGCGGAAGACCAGGUCUCAGCUGACCGGGUGAAAGAGCAGCACUGUGGUCACGGGGAUCCCUCGCGGUACGUGUCCAACCACGCGUUCAACCAGAGCGCCGAGCUUAAGCCGCACGUCUUUGAGCUGGGCGUCAUCGCGCUGGACGUGGCUGAGCGCGAGGCGCGGGUGCAGCUGACUCCGCUGGCGGCGCGCUGGGGUCCUGGGCCCGGCGGGGCUGCGGGAGCGGGGCGGCCCGGGCAGCGGCCACUGCGCCUGCUCUAUCUGUGCCCGGCUGGGGGCGGUGCAGCAGUGCAGUGGUCGCGUGUCGAGGAGGGCGUCAACGCGUAUUGGUUCCGCGGCCUGCGGCCCGGCACCAACUACUCUGUGUGCCUGGCACUGGCGGGCGAGGCCUGCCACGUGCAAGUGGUGUUCGCCACCAAGAAGGAGUUGCCCUCAUUGCUGGUUAUCGUGGCGGUGAGCGUGUUCCUCCUGGUGCUGGCCACCGUGCCCCUGCUGGGCGCCGCCUGCUGCCAUCUGCUGGCCAAACACCCGGGCAAGCCCUACCGUCUUAUCCUGAGGCCGCAGGCCGCGGAUCCCAUGGAGAAGCGCAUCGCCGCCGACUUCGACCCGCGUGCCUCUUACCUCGAGUCCGAGAAAAGCUACCCGGCAGGCGGCGAGGCGGGCGGCGAGGAGCCAGAGGAGGCCCCCGGGGAAGGCCUUGACGAAGACGUGGAACAGGGGGACCCCGGUGGGGACCUGCAGAGGGAGGAGAGCCUGGCGGCCUGCUCGCUGGUGGAGUCCCAGUCCAAGGCCAACCAAGACGAGUUCGAGGCGGGCUCCGAGUACAGUGACCGCCUGCCCCUGGGUGCCGAAGCGGUCAAUAUCGCCCAGGAGAUUAACGGCAACUAUAGGCAGACAGCAGGCUGAACCCCCCGCCCGCCAGGCCGCCCAUACUCAUUCCCACAGUACCUUGGGUGCCUGGAGGCAGAAGUCUAGGACUGGCAGGAUUUUUGCACCCCCUACCUUCACUUCACCCCCUUACCACCCUCUAACCUUGACUACCGGCGACUUACAGUGGGGAAUGGGACGAUUUUACCAGUCCCGCCCACGAUGGUCAUUGUCCUUGUGGGCUGAAUUCCCUUUCAUGGCAAGCACAGAUCCCUGCUCCUCCUUCCUUGUGUGAGACCGCUGACCGUGAGGCGAAAUCCAGGCCUCUCCAUUCCCACAAUUAUCUGCCAAAUCGGCUCCGCGGCCCUUCUCCCCGUGGGCUCAGGAGCCAGAGGAAAUGGGAGUAGACGUUGGAAACAUUUGCUGGUAACGCCGUAGCUUGGGGGUAUGCCCGGGACCCCCGGCAGAUGUCCCUAGCUUGGAGCGCUAUGGGGUCCCGCCUCAACCCCUACUUCACCCUUCUCGGGAUGUACAAACCAGAAGUCAGGAUUCGAUGGCAACUCCCUAGUUUUUAGUUUCAAAGCCCCCUUCUGACUGGGAACCAACCGCUUCUGUUCCCCCACCUCCUCUCCGUUUCUGCCCAGCUGGAGCCUCUACGGGUGCCUGCGGCGCCUUCCAGCUCCGCGCUCUGAUUUUCUUAUUUUCGUUGUUUUCAAAGACAGCGACAGUCCGGGUCUGGUGCUAACACUCCCUAGCCUCUGGGGAAAUUGGGUGGGGGUGUGUGUCUGUCUGUCUGCCUGGGAAUGGGGGGAAUCCGUCUUCCCUUGCCCUCUCUCCUAAUUUAAAACGCCGCAGAACCGCGCUCUCUUUUCCUGCGGAGAGUAAGGGCUUGGUCCCGGGCCAAUUUCAUUGUGGGUGAGUUGGGGUUUUUGGAGAUUGGUGCACUCGACAGCUCCGCUUCCACUGCUGCAUGGGGCCCAGGCCUCAGCUGGAGAAACGCGGGGGACGCAGGAAGCCAACUCUGGUCUCCUGGACGCUGCCUCUCCGGUGGGGCUAGCGCCCUAGGACGCACAAAGCCUGCGCGUGACCAUGCGGCGGGAUCCGGGUAGAGAUAAGCCCUUCGGUCCCCGCGCCUCCCCGCCCUGCCCCUCUUUCCUCGAGAAUAGUAUUUGCCCGGCUGUAGUCCUAGACAAGCGUGCUCUGUAGGAGAAAAGUCUGUGUCCUGUAAAAGUGUGUCAAGUGUAAUGAAGGGAGGCGGGCGG